AUGGCAUCAUCACAGACAACUUUGGCCGUGCUGGCCUGCGGUACAAUGGGCAGCGCUAUUCUAUCGGGUGUGAUGGAUACAAUCAAGGCUCGUGUACAGAAUGAGACGCCUGUCGAGCGGUCUGUAUCAUCUCUGGCUAGUGAAACCAACACAGAUGCACCAUUGCCCACCAGGUACAUCACAACAGUGGGUCGCUCUGCUACCGCCAAGCGUCUUGAGCGACUGUUCGCCCAUGCCGGAUAUGAGAAUGUCGAAAUCCUAGUGCAGAACAAUGUUGAAGCAGCGAAACAGGGCGAUAUUGUUCUUCUAUGCUGCAAGCCCCAGCGAGUAACAGAAUUUCUCAGUGAAGAAGGCAUGCGUGAAGCACUGGAAGGGAAGAUCCUUGUCAGCAUUGUCGCUGGUAUUACCAGUGCUAGAUUGGCUACCAUGGUGGGACCUACCACGAAGGUGGUUCGAGCCAUGCCCAACACGCCCAGCAAGAUCCGUGAAGGUAUGACGGUGAUCUCGAACGAGCCUCACCUUAGUCAAAUGGAUCGCGAUGUGCUGGCCUCUAUCUUUUCGGCUGUGGGAACCUGUCGUUUCCUUGAUGAAAAGUACUUUGACGCAGCUACGGCUUUGGCUGGCUCUGGCCCAGCCUUUGUGGCUUUGUUCUUGGAGGCUAUGGCUGAUGGCGGUGUCAUGAUGGGCCUUCCGCGCCCGGAAGCGUUGGAGUUGGCGGCGCAAACUAUGCAGGGAGCGGCUCGUAUGGUGUUGCAAACAGGUAUGCACCCAGCUGCUAUCAAGGAUAGUGUUACGACACCAGGUGGAUGCACCAUUGCUGGUCUGCUCCAAAUGGAAGAUGGCAACCUCCGAUCCACGGUGGCGCGUACCAUUCAGACAGCGGCUGAACAUGCCGCUGGACUGGGCAAGAUCUCUCAAUAG